CCUUUAAAAAAAAACGUUAGCAAAGUGAGAGCUCUUACUUUUCUCUGCUAUAUUUACUUCUUAACUCUCCACAGGAAUAUCCUCUGCAGGUCUGAAACAGGUUGAAGGUCUGCUGAUAACAAGCAGGAACUUUGCAUGUGUCAGCGGCAGGAAUGAGACCUCCUCACCGCUGACCUCAACAUGAGAGAGUGGUGGAUCCAUGUGGGUCUAAUUUGCGUCCCGCUCGUGGCCGUCUACCUGCACAUCCCGGCCCCUCACCUCUCCGCCACCCUACAGAAGUGGCACAGCGCCGGGGAUUUCUUCCACUUCAGAGGGAAGAAGAUCUUUUAUAGAGACUCCUACGGUGCUUUGGGAAGCUCAGAUGUGGUCCUUCUGCUCCACGGCUUCCCCACCUCCAGCUAUGACUGGAACAAGAUCUGGGAUCCGCUCGCACAGCGCUUCCAUCGAGUCAUUGCACUGGACUUCCUUGGAUUUGGUUUUAGUGACAAACCUAGACCCCACAGGUACUCCAUCUUUGAACAAGCCAGUAUAGUUGAGGCCAUGGUGGCCCACUUGGGUCUGAGCAAUCAACGACUCAAUUUGAUAUCCCAUGAUUAUGGAGAUACUGUGGCCCUAGAGCUGCUAUACAGGAGUGACCAAAAUCGGACAGGGCAUCUGAACUUCAACAGUCUGUGUUUAACAAAUGGAGGUACAAU